AACCAGCUUCAUAGGCCCAUCCAUGCAACAACUUAUUACCUCAAUCCAUCAUUUUGUUUCUGUGCUAAUUUCAAAGUGGAUGAGGAGGUUCUUAGCGGGCUAUAUUCAGUAGUACAACGGAUGGGCACUGAUACCACAACUACCACAACUACACUGCUCGAGAUGGAUGCAUUUAAUAAUGCAGUAGGGGCGAUCUUUGCCAGCCAAUUGUGCAAAGAGGGUCGGACAAAAUUGCAGCCAGAUAGAUGGUGGCAAAUGUUUGGGCCUUCAACCCCAAACCUUCAAAAAAUUGCCAUCCGCAUAUUGAGCCAGCCAUGUAGCGCUUCUGGAUGUGAGCGCAACUGGAGCAUGUUCGAGCACAUCCACUCGAAGAGGCGAAAUGGAUUGUUUGUGGAGAGGUUGAAUUAUCUAGUCUUUGUUCAUUACAAUCUUUGCCUCAGGACUAGACAGAUUUUGGACGCUGACUCCUCUCCGAUCACUCUAGACGAAGUCGACCCCGAAUUCGAUUGGCUCACUGAGGCCACUGAUCUAGUCUUCACUGAUGAGGACCUUGAGUGGAUUGACCAGGCAGACAGAGAGGCUGAGGCUGUGGCUAUGGCAGAGGAGGAUAGAGCACAAUCAGGCACAACACCUAUGGCUACUCAGACUGGCACAUCACAGGCAGAGACUAUGGCUACUCAGUCAUCCAGGACCUACCUUAGAUGCCUUUCUAGGAGGCAGAUAGACGAGGCCGAGCAAGAGACUGAGCCAUAGACUUGUUUUUGUUUACACUUUACAGUUACA